AUGGCUGUUGGGGGCGGGCUGCAAGCGAGGCGGCGGAGCCUCCGAGGCGGAACCUCCAGUGCUUAUCACGGCAGACCUUUGAAAGCCGCUGGCUGCGCAGCCGCUGCACUGUGCGGAUUGCUGUUGAGCCAUUUGCAUGGCAGUUUUGCAGCAUUCGCUCCCUCGGCUCCGUCGCGGCAGCGGGCUGGGAAAGUGAGGCUACUAGCAGCUUCCGACUCCGAGCUGACCUCCAAGAAGGCAGACCUCGCAGAGCGCUUGAAGGCUGAGGCUACGGCAGCAAAGAAGGCGCGCUCCAAGGGCUUCGCCAUUAACACACAGAGCUUCGAGGCGCUAAUCGAGAGCUUCGAUUCUGAGAGGUUAGGCCCCGUGGAGGCCACAGACAAGCUCCUCACCACCGACGGGCUCCAGCAUGAUGACGCGAGUCUCAAGAAGCUGGAGAAAGCCACCUUGAAGUGUUUGGCUCGUGGCGACCACGACUCGCUUCAUCUCACCGUGGAUCGGCUUUUGCAGUGGCCUGGGCUUGAGCCGACCCAGGAUGAUGCAUCGGCAACUAAAAACGCGCAGUUUUUCCCGGUUGUCUACACGGUGUUCACAGCAGUGCGGAGCUAUUGCAACGAUAAUGCGGACUUCUUCGACAUGGUCCAGCUUGGCAUGACGCUGGAGGCGUUGAUGAAGCUGGCAAGAAAGAUGUGGGCUGCAGAUGACCGCAUCAACAACGCCAUGACUCUGAUCCUGAACAAGGAACUCUACGAGAAGGGCCGCGAUCCGAUCGAUGGGCCGGCAGACAUCAUCGGCACGCUGGGCCUCAGAGAGACCUUCCAGGUCAUGGCUUAUGCUGCCCUGGACAUGCCCAAGGACGAGAUGAAACACGUCGAUGCCGUUUCUUCGAUGGCGUGGGCUCUGGCUACUGCCAACGUCCCCUUGGCCUCCUUGCAGGUUAAGGUUGCCAAAGGCAUACUCGCUAACAUCGACAAG